GCGCGGAUCCGCGCGUGUCUUGGACCCACGUGUGCGACUGGCUACGAUGGAAGUCAAAGGGAAGAAGAAAUUCACGGGAAGGGGUACCAAGACGCCACAAGAAAACAGAUUUCACAAAGGCAAUGAGCCGGGCUCCUCAAAGACCUUCCCCAGAAGAGCUGCUCCGGGUGGUGGACCUAAAGGGCCGUCUAAGGCCUUGAAGAAAAGUGCCGGCACACCCGGCAAGAAGGGGGUGAAGCACUUCAGGAGCAAGACGCCGGGGGCGAAGACGGCCAAGAGCAAGCUCCCGCAGGAGAACACACCUCACGGGAAGAGAAAGUUCCAGCCUGACAGCAAGAGCGAAGAAUCGGCGGCCAAGAAACCCAAAUGGGACGACUUCAAGAAGAAGAAGAAAGAGCUGAAACAGAGCCGGCAGCUCAGUGACAAAACCAACUACGACACCGUGGUCCGGGCCAAGCAGAUCUGGGAGACCCUUAGGAGAAAAGACUGUGACAAAGAAAAGAGGGUCAAGCUGAUGCGGGAUUUGCAGAAGCUGAUUCAAGGCAAGAUUAAAACGAUCGCCUUUGCACACGACUCCACGAGGGUGAUCCAGUGCUACAUCCAGUACGGGAACGAGGAGCAGCGCAGGGAGGCCUUCGAAGAGCUGCGGGAUAAUCUGGUCGAAUUGAGUAAAGCCAAAUACUCCCGGAACGUGGUUAAGAAGCUCCUCAUGUACGGGAGCAAGCCCCAGGUGGCCGAGGUCAUCCGCAGUUUCCGGGGCCACGUGCGGCGGCUGCUGCGGCACGCCGAGGCCUCGGCCAUCGUGGAGUAUGCCUACAACGACCGAGCCGUGCUGGUGCAGCGGAACCUGCUGACGGAGGAGCUGUAUGGGAACACCUUCCAGCUCUACAAGUCCGCAGAGCAGCCCACGCUGGACAAGGUCCUCGAGGCACAGCCCACCAAACUGGAGGUCAUCAUGGACGAAAUGAAGCAGAUCCUGACACCAAUGGCCCAGAAGGAGGCUGUGAUCAAACACUCCUUGGUGCAUAAAGUGUUCUUGGACUUUUUCACCCAUGCGCCCCCGAAACUGAGGUCGGAAAUGAUCGAGGCCAUCCGGGAGGCUGUGGUGUACCUGGCGCACACUCAUGACGGGGCUCGCGUGGCCAUGCAUUGCCUCUGGCACGGCACCCCCAAGGAUCGGAAAGUGAUCAUGAAAACCAUGAAAACGUACGUGGAAAAGGUGGCGAAUGGCCAGUACUCCCAUCUGGUCUUACUGGCGGCAUUUGACUGCGUCGAUGACACCAAGCUUGUGAAGCAGAUCAUCUUAUCAGAGAUCGUCAGCUCCCUGCCCAACAUCAUCGGGGACAAGUACGGAAGGAAGGUCCUGCUGUACCUGCUGAGCCCCCGGGACCCUGCGCACACAGUCCCCGAGAUCAUCGAGGUCCUGCAAAAGGGGGACGGCAACAUGCACAGUAAGAAAGAUGCCGUGACCCGCCGGCGGGAGCUCCUGGAGACCAUCUCCCCGGUGCUGCUGAGCCACCUGCAGGAGCACGCCCAGGAGAUGGUGCUGGACAAGGCUGCGUGUGUGCUGGUCACCCACAUCCUGGGCUCCGCCCUUGGGGACGUCCAGCCCGCCAUGAGGGCCAUCGCCAGCCUGGCGGCAGGAGAGCUGCACCCCGGGGGCCGGGAUGGAGAGCUUCACCUUGCGGAGCACCCUGCAGGACACCUGGUUCUGAAGUGGCUCAUAGAGCAGGACGGGAAGGUGCAGGAGCGUGGACGAGAAGGCUGCUUUGCAAAGAUCCUCGUGGAGCACGUGGGGAUGAAGAGCUUGAUGUCGUGGGCGAGCGUGAACCGCGGUGCCAUUGUCCUCUCCAGCCUUCUCCAGAGCUCGGACCAGGAAGUCGCAAGCAAGGUCAAGGCUGGGCUGAAGAGCCUGGUUCCCACGCUGGAGAAGAGCAAGCCCACCAGCAGAGGCGUGCAAACACUGCUGGAAAAGCUGGUGGCCUAGAGGGGACAGCGACAGGCAGGACAGGGCCACUGCCCCCGCCCUGCUGCGCUGGACUGUACAAGCAUCUAUUUAUAAAGAUCUUUCUCAAA